UAAGACAUAUCUGUUAUGGUCAUCCCAUCUGGAGCGUACGUGUCAACUCUUAACCAUGCAAAGCCAUCCAACGCAUUGCACUGCGCAGUAUGCCAUUUCCUCGCGUCCACAUCUCAUAUACAAACCUUUCUUAUUUUGUACACAUUUCGAGAAGAUCACUCCCCACUAUAUCACUUCCCGUACUCACGCCCUUAUGCACUCGCCUCCAUUGUUCUCCAAGAACAAAUCCUCUCCUUUUCUGCUUAUUAUUACCACACGCCGUUCAACAUGUCUGAUCAACCAAGAUCUCUGCACCAGAUGACCCCUGGUACAGCAGCACCCUCUCAUCUUGUGGUCAAGUUCCUAACCGCAGCCACGGUAGGUGUUGCUUGCUUGUUUCUAUCCGGUUUGAUCUUAACCGGGACAGUGAUCACCUUGGUUAUGGCCACUCCUCUGUUGGUUCUUUCUGGUCCCAUUAUGGUCCCUGCUGCAAUAGUUGUAUUCUUGGUUUGCUCGGGGUUCUUUUUCUCUGGCGGGUGUGGGUUGGCGGCGAUAAUGUCUUUAACUUGGAUGUACAAGUACUUGACAGGGAAGCAUCCGCCAGGUGCUGAUAAGUUGGACUAUGCAAGAGGACAGAUAGCUAGAAAGGCUCAUGAUAUGAAGGAGAGAGCUAAAGAAUAUGGACAGUAUGUUCAGCAAAAAGCACAAGAAGCUACUCAAACUCGAGCAUCUUAAUCAACUCUGAUGUAGCUUUUCUUUGUUCUCUUAUAACUAUAACUUAUGUGCUGUUAGUUUUGUUCUGUUUUGGUGCAUGUUCUUGAUCACAUUAUGUAUUUGCUUUUUUCAUUUUUGUUUCUUUUGUGGAUGUGGUUGUUUCUGAUAUUUUGAGGAUGAUUUUCGGUUAAUAAAAUCUUUUAGUUUCGGGUAA